AUGAUCAAUAAUGAAUUAAAAGAUAUAUUUUCUUCAAAUGAUUUUAAUUCAAAAACAUGGAUAAAUAAUUUAUUAAGUGAUUGUGGUGGUAGUGGUAGUAGUAGUGGUAAUGCAAAAUCUAAUCAACAAUCAAUAUUAACAGAUCAAAAUAAUAUAAAAGCAGAAUUAGAAAUUGAAAAUAUAUGUUCAAACUAUUUAUCAAAAUUACAAUUAUAUCAAAUUGAACUAAAUAUAUCAUUAGAGAGUAUAACUAGUGAAUCAUUAUUAAUUGUACCAAAAUCAAUUAGAGAAGUGGAUAGAAUUAGAAAAGAAUCAUUACAUUUAAAGAACCGUAUUAAAAGUAUAUCAUCUAAAAUCGGAGAGAUGAAUAAUGAUUCACCCCAAUCAAUGGAGACAGUGUCGGUCAUUGAGAAAUUGGAUCAGGUGAAAUCUAGAAUGGAGAUAUCAAUUCGUUCGUUAAAAGAGGCAGAGAAGUUAUUAUCUUUCUCUAAAACUGUAGACCAGUUAUUCUCAUCAAACGAUUACCUAAUGAUCUCUGAUAAAUUGGAAGAAGUGAAACAGUCAUUAUCAGUCCUAUCAGACGUACCCGAGUUUAGAGAACAGUCAAAGAAAUUCAAUGUAUAUCAAGAUCGUUUAGAAUCGCAAUUAAAACAACCACUUCAACAAUCAUUACAACAAAAAGAUUUAGAAUCUUGUAAAAACUAUUUAAAAAUAUUUACAAAUAUUCAACGUCAAGAUAAAUUCUUUAUUUAUUAUUAUCAAGUUAGAAUCGAUCCUUUAAAAUUAUUAUGGAAUUCUUAUUCGUCGUCGUCGUCGUCGUCAUCGUCAUCAUCAAACUUUCAUAAUUGGUUAUCAAAAUUUUAUGAUGAAGUUUUGGUAAUGAUAAAUAGUGAAUUCAAUUGGUUGUCGGGAUUAUGUCCAAUAGAUUAUAUUCAAGUAUUGGAGAAUUUAAUCAUUCAUUUAUUCACUACGAUUAAUCCAAAUGUUCAAAGUAGAAUUGAUCAAGCCAUUACGAUUGCCAAUCAAACAACUCAACAACCAAUUAAAGUUAAUGAACUAUUAUCAAUUUAUAAAACAACUUGUUCUUUCUUAAAAUCAUUAUCACCAAUAUUUCCAAACAUAAUUAAUUCCUCUUCAACACCAACUACUUCACCAGCAGUAGAUAAAUUAUUUAAAGUAAUAUUUGAACCAUAUAAAUACUUUCAAAAUAAAUUUAGUGAAUAUGAAAUUAAAUCAGUUAAAUCACAAUUGCAAUCGAUUUCACCAAUUUUAACUUUACAAAAGAAGAGUGGUGGUGGCAGUGGUGGUAGUGGUAAUGCUGAUUUUACAAAUAUAAUUAAAAAUAUCGAGAAUCAAUUUAUACCAAAAUCAUUUCAAAUCGCACAACAAUCAAUUGAAAGAUUCUUUGAUUUCACACAUACAACUGAUAUCGAUAGUUAUGUCAAUACAGUUUUAAAUCAAAUAUUCACUGAAAUCUCUUUAAUUCUAAGAGAUACAAUUAAUGAAUUAAAAUUUAUAACUGGUUUAACAACAAAUUAUAUUAUUGGUAGUAGUGGUACUUUUCCAAAUUUUAAUCAACAACAACAACAAAUAAAUACACCAUCAAGCAUUAAUGGUGAAGUUGAUCCAGUUAAAAAACUUACAAAUAGUCAUACUAGAAGUCAUUCAAGAAGUGGUAGUGGUAGUGGUAAUAGUAAUAGUAAUAGUGUUGGAACAAGUGCAACAUUACAAAAUUGGGAAUACUUUCAAGGUGCAAUGAAUUUACUUCAAUCAAUUCAUCAACUUUUAAAUAAAUUUCAACAAUUUGAUAAUUCAACUAGUUUAAAUAUUAUUCAUUAUCUUGGUAAUAGUAAUAAUAGUAAUAAUAGUAGUAGUAAUAAUGAUAAUGAUCAAUUCAUUUGUAAUAUUAGAAAAUUUUUAUUAGGUAAAGAUUUAAAUAAAAUUCAAAAAUUACAAAUUAGUGUACAAAAUUUAGAGAAUAUAAUAUCAUCACCACUUCCACUAUCAUCAUCAUCAUCAGUUUCAAAAGAUCAAUCAAUUUCAAAGAAACCAUUACUUUUACAAGAAUCAUUUAAUCAAAUUUCAAAACUUUUAUCAAUUUCUCAACAUUUUGUAUAUGAAACUUUAAUUUAUUUCAUUAAAUUGAAAUUAAAGGAAUUACCAAAAAUAGUUUCAAAUGAAUGGAAUAAUAAUAAUAAUAAUAAUAAUAACCCAAGUCAAAAUAAUGGCGGUGGUGGUGGCGGCGGUCUAAGUUACAUAUCACAAAUUACUGAUCAUUUAUUAACUAUACCACAACAAUUAGAUCCAUACUCUGAAGAAGAAUUAACAAGAUUUUCAUUAUCAACAUCAUUACAAUAUCCAAUUAAAACAUGCUCGAAUUCUGAAGAUGAUUUUUAUCAAAAUCUUUUAAUUCAAUAUCAAAGAGAAAAACAAUUUGAUGAUGAACAAUUAUUAAUUGAAAAAUUAAAAGAAAAACAAGAACAACAACAAGAACAACAAGAAAAAGAACAACAACAAGAAAAAGAACAACAAGAUGCUGAUCAAGAUAUUAAUAUUAAUACAAAUAAUAAUAAUGAAAAUGAUGAAAAUGAUGAAGAUGAUGAAUUGGAAGAUGGUAUUGCUCAUCAAUGGAUUACAAUUGUAGCAAAAGCAACUGAAAAAUUAUAUUUACAAACAAUAGUUGAAAUUAUAACAUUAAAUGAACCAUCAUGUCAACAACUUAGUAAUGAUAUUGGUUAUUUAUUUAAUGUAUUAUCUGCUUUAGGUGUUAGUGCUGAACCUUUAUUACAAAAAACUCAAUCAUUAUUAGAAAUGAAUCGUGAUACUUUUACUUCAUUUUAUCAUCAACAAUUACAUAAUAAUAAUAACAAUAAUAAUAAUAAUAAUGGUAAUAGUAAUAAUAAUAAUAAUAAUACAAAUAAUAUAUCUUUGCUAACAAAUGCUGAAAAGAAUAUUUGUAAUUUAAUUGGUAAAAUGAGAAAUAUUAAAUAA